AUGUCAGGCCAGAUCUUCCUCUAUAUCUCGAACGGGCGCACCCUGUGGGUGCCGCGUCACACGCCCUCGCCCACCGAGACAAAGCCCGUCUGCAUGCUCACUUACGUGACGCCGAUGGAACUCUCUCGAUCGUUUUACCUCUUCGACUACGCAGUGCAGGUGGUGGAGAACGCGCAGAUGGCGGCCAUGAACCCGAACGCCAAGACGCCGAACGAGGUGCUGGCGGCGGUGAAUGACUUCCGUCGUGUCUGCGCCGAAGAUCAAAACUUCUUACUUCAGCGCUGCUACAACUCACCUGCCCAGCAGCAGCAGCAGCAGCCUCAGCAACAGCCUCAGCAGCAGCAGCAGCAGCAGCAGCAGCAGCAGCAAGUAAACGCCUACCCAAGUCCUUACUCGUCGAGCCCUUCCCAGCAACAGCUAAUGAUGUCGCCCGCGAUCACCUCGGGCUACAGCGGUGGCAACAACAGCGCGGGAACCACCGGCGGUAUGGACUCGGCAGCCCUGCUCACUCAGCUGCUUCAGCAGCAGCGCCAGCAGUCUCGGAUGAUCAGCGGCGACAACACGAACACCCAGGGUUACCAGGGCAACGAUACCGGUGGCGCCUUCGGCUACAACAAUGACAGCCGCAACUACUAUGGUGGCGACCGCGGCCGUGGCGAUCGCCGCAUGCAGAGUAGCCCCUAUGGCAGCAACAUGGGCUACUCGCAGAACAUGGUGAUGAUGCAGGGAGGUAUGCCUCGGCAGCAGCAGCAGCCGAUGAUGAUGGGCUACAACCACAUGAAUCCCUAUGGCAUGAACCCAAUGAUGAUGUAUGGCGGUGGCCCCGGCCAAAUGUACCCCAACGUGCGCGGCGGCGCCAUGCGCCGCAGCAACUACGGCGACGCCAUGAUGAUGAUGCAGCAGCAGCCCGGCAUGUACGGCAAUCGCCGUGGCAUGGGUAACCACUCGCAGUCGCAGCAGCAAUCGCGGAUGGGCGCGAUGGUGCGAAACGAGCCGGAGCCAAUCAACAUCGACGGUGUUACGGUGCCCGAGGAGAUCAAGGCGGUGUACAUGAACCCUGCACAGCAGCUCGUGAUCGCGACGAUGCCGGGUCCGCACAUGACGGUGUGGCUGCGCGAGCACCCUUACCCGACAGACCUGCAGGACAAGAAGUUCGUCUUUGGCAAGAAGGGUAUCUGCCUGAUGCUGAAGGCCUCCUUCGAGGAAGUGAAGGAGAGCAAGCCGGUAGAGCUUUUCCCGAAGCAAAUCUGCACGCACUUCUUCAUCUACGGCUACUGCUCGCGCACCAACUGUUUUCAUGAGCACCACACGGAGGAUCAGCUUCGGGAGCUGAUCGCGGCGCGGCAUGUGCAGCUGAAAGCUAUGACAAAGGUGCAGCGCCACCAGCUUAUUGAUGAGAUUGAGCAGAAGGAAAAGGAGGGCCUCGCCGCGGCGGCGGCGCACCGAGAGGAGCGAGAAAAAAAGCGCGCAGAGGCAGCUGCCGAGCGGGAGGCCCGUCGUCAGCAGCGCCUGCAGCAGCAAUCGCAGCCAAGCCAGAUAUACGCCUCCUCGUCUGCACCCAACACACAGCCGAAUCCGUCGCAAGACAUCGGCAGCGACAACGAGGACGACGAUGCCACGACGCUGGGUGGGGCCGGCAGCAGCCAGCAGCAGCCUAGCGCGAACCCGUCCCUGGCGGACACGAUAGCGAACAGUCCCUCACAGGACCCCCAGGCAGUGUCGACGGGGGCCGGUGAGGCUACGGCAGAGGCCCCCAAGACGCCUGCAAACAGCGACGUCGCAGCGAAGCUCGGCAUCACCGAUAGUGACGACGAAGACGGCGAUGACUCUACCUCGUCUGCCAGCGGCAGCAGCUCCACAAGCAACGCGAAGGCGAAGACGGACGCGGACGCGCCAGGAGACGAAGGGGACACCGACGAGGAUCACGACGACGCUGAGGAUGAGGAACAGCAGGAAGAAGAGGAAGAAGAGGAUCCCAAAGCCAAGAAGUCCAAGGCGAAGAAGCCGGCUCCGAAGAAGCGCGGUCGCGCGGCCGCGCCAAAGAAGGCAACGAAACGCGCCAAAAAGUAG